UUUCUUUUCUCUCUCUCUCUCUCUUUCUUAUUAUUUUUUAUUACUUUUUAUAUUUAUUUUUCUAUUAUUUAUUUUCGAUUCCCCACACUGUUACCUAAAACAGUUUGCCAAUAUGGGAGUGCGUACAUUUGAGUAUAAGAUUGAUAAUGGAGAUACAGCUUGGAUGAUGGUCUGCACGACCUUUAUCUUUUUAAUGGCACCAGCAUUGGGAUUCUUUUAUGCUGGUCUCGCUCGAGCUAAAAACGCAUUAUCAUUGAUGUACCUGACUGUAUUGUCUGUAGCAGUAGUAUCAAUUCAGUGGUAUCUUAUCGGCUUUUCACUCACCUUCUCCGCGACGGGUGGACCUUUCAUUGGUGAUUCAGUCCAUUUUUUGUUACGCAGCGUCGGUGUCCAGCCUCAUCUAGAGUCCCAGACCAUUCCUCAAUCAGUCUUUAUGAUCUUUCAAGCUAUGUUUGCCUGUAUAACACCAGGUCUAGCUUUUGGAUCUGCUGCUGAGCGUAUGUCUCUUGGUCCAGCAAUUCUAUUUAUUUUUGUCUGGACAACUUGCGUUUAUGACAUCAUCACUUACUGGGUGUGGGGUCCUAAUGGUUGGUUAAAUGUUAUGGGUGUCUUGGACUUUGCAGGUGGUACACCUGUCCAUAUAUCUAGUGGUCUUGCAGCAGUUGCCUAUGCAAUGGUAUUAGGAAAGCGUCGCGAUUAUCAUGAAAACGUCAAUACUCCUCACAAUGUGUCUUUUGUAUUUCUCGGUCUAGCCCUUCUAUGGUUUGGUUGGUUCUGUUUCAAUGCCGGAAGUGCUCUUGGAGCCAAUGCUCAAAGUGUGCACGCUUUGAUCUGUACGCACCUUUCAGCAUGCGUGGCUGCCGUGGUUUGGGUAUUAAUGGACUAUCGCCAUGCCCGUAAAUGGAGUAUUAUCGGUCUCUGCACUGGUGCAGUCGCUGGUCUUGCCACAAUUACACCCGGCUCGGGUUACGUUUCUUAUAGCAGUUCACUUGCCUUUGGCGCUCUCGGCUCGUUUGUUUGCAAUCUUGCAGUCCAAUACAAACAUAAAUAUGGUUUCGACGAUGCCCUUGAUGUUUUUGCUGUGCACUACAUCGGUGGUCUUGUUGGCUUGGUCUUGACAGGAAUCUUUGCCCAACGAAACGUCAUGGCACUUGCUUUCCCAGAAGGUACUGACAUCUCAUCAGUUCGUAUUGGUGGAUGGUUAGAUGGAAACUGGAUGCAGGUACCUUAUCAAUUGGCUGCCAUUGCUUCUGUAUCUGCCUACUCCUUCGUUGUCACCUACAUCAUCUUGAUUGUUCUCAACAUGUUUCCUUUUCUCCGUUUGCGUUUGGCGGACGAAGAUGAAUUGAUCGGGACUGAUUGGGCAGAGAUGGGCGAGCGUGCAUACGCCUAUCUG